AUGCCUCGACCCGCCCGAAAACGCAAGGCUGUUGCUACGGACGAAAACAGUCUUGUGGAGCAAAAAUUGGCCGAAAAUGUCGUCGCCAACACCGAGAUUCGAACUCCCCUGUCCACGAUCACCAAUGUUGAAAACCAGACCACCUCCCGGCGGUCCAGUUCUCGACAACGAAAGACUGUGGUAUAUACUGAGGUCGCGGAGGAUCACGUGAGUGAUGAGCAAAGCGACGACAAAUCAAACACUUCGUCGUCGACAGACCAGAUUGAGAAGGAUCUCAUGUUACUUCCGGAGGCUAGAAAACGGAACCGGCAAGACGGCGAGUCUGACAGCGAAGAGCCCGAGGAGUCUGAAUCUGAGGAAGAGUCCGAUCGUGUCACACAUCGAUCACGUGAAUCUGAUAAGGAGCGGGCCGAGAAGCUGAAGAUGUUCGAGGAAGAACAGGCUGCCAAGUUUGCUGCUAUUGACGACUUUGAACUCAACUUUGAAGAGGUAGCUGAAGACAGCUUCGAUAAGAGCAUGAGUGAACAGAGCGAGGCCAGUGGAGACAGUCAGGACCCCGAGAUCGAGCUUGCUGACGUUCUAGGCGGUCGUGACGAGGACUAA